AUGGACAUGGACGUGCCAGUGACUGGAAAUUUGUUUUGCUCUGAGCGACUGAUCUCUCAUGAGCUGCUGGCUUGGCUCAAUGAAACUUUACAGACAGGUUUCACCAAGGUGGAGCAGGUAUGCACAGGUGCAGCCUUUUGCCAGCUGAUGAACUGGUUGUCUCCCAAGUUAUUGGACCUCUCCAGGGUCCAGUUCCAAAGCGACAAUGCAACGGACACUAUCACAAACUACAGUUUACUGCAGGCUGCGUUCAGAAAGGUUGGCGUUGUGCGACGCAUCCCCACCGGGGGGCUGAUGAAGAAGGACUCCGAAGUUGCUCUGGCCUUCCUGCGCUGGUUUAAGGCAUUCUUUGACAAGAACGUCAACCGAGACCUUGUGUACCAUCCUUUGGAGGCCAGAGGUGGACAGAGCAUGAUUCCUGCUGACUUGGGUAUGAACAGUUUGGAUGAGCAUUCCUCCCUGGACUGUCUGAUUAUUGUGAAGAUACAGGGCAACACAGCAGAAGAACCAAAACAAGAAAAACCCACUGAACAUGUGAACAUGAAUGCUGAUAUUAUCCUAUUGAUAUCUGAUGAUGAUGAUGAUGUGAAGGAUGUGACAAUGGAGCUGGAAACACAGAAAACGGAGAUGACAGAGAAGGAAGAACCACCGCAGUUAAAGGUGGCGCAAACAAAAGCAGCAGUGGACGAAGGAAAUGAAGGGAGCCGUGAUACUUUGUUGCGUUUCAUCAGGAGAUACUGUGGUGACACUGGACAUACCGACUUAAAUACAAGCACUGACACUCAGGUUUCCUGCCCUUCAGUUUCUGCCUUCUUGAGUCCAACCCACCCCACCGACAUCAUUACGGUGUGCUCACGCACGCCGUACUGCCUCUACCUGUAUGUGGGCGUGGAGCUGGGUGGAGGGGAGAAAACAAGCGUCGUUCUGGUUGGAUACUUCGACAAGAACUCGGGAGCCAGUGUGGUGAGGCCACUGCUCACACUGCAGAUGAGUGUUGAUGCUGGUGAUCAACAAACCGGAGCGGAAAAAACUACUGACGAUACUGAUGCAUGCCUUCUGAUUGAGACGCUGAAGAAAUGUGGCCUCCUUCUGUUCAAAGUUGUUGCGUUUUACUGUAACGCUCCAAACCCGGGAUUGAGCCGGGCGAUUGAAUUCAUGCUCCAGGCUUUCAACCCAAAGUUAGUAUCACUGUGCGGCCUCACUGGCAUGGCAACAAGAGCCUGCCAGGCCGGACUCUUGGCUUCCUUCAGUUGCAUGGUUGACCUGGUGAGAGACAUCCACCGUCACUACGACACCUACCCACCUGUUUGUGGCAGUCUUGAAGGGCUAUUCUCUGAGCCCUAUGACCCAUCCCUCCCCAUCCCUGCACAGUGUCUGUUUAUCACCCAUGCUGUGCAGAGGAUUGUGGGCAGCUGGAGGCCUCUAGUGGACUAUUUUAAGUCACUGAAGCAAGCACAGGAUGCUGACCGAAUCAGAAACCAGUUGAUGGAUCAUAAAGUGAAACUUCGCUUUAUUUUCCUCUCCCACAUGUUGGAGCCCCUCCAAGCGCUCCAAAAAAUGCAGCAAUGUGGCACUAACAUGGCAAUGGAGCUCCAGCUGACCUCCAUGCUGGUUCAUUCCUAUGCAGCCAAUAUCUUCCAACCCUGGGUCACGGAGUGCUUUACCAGGGAGCGAGACCAGAGUUUCAUCCUAAAUUGGACAAAGCGUCUCCCGGUCACAGAGGUGCGCGUAGGUGCUCGUGCCAGAGAGUUCCUGUGGGCCACCGCUGUCGUAGAUCUGGGAGAAGAGGAGAGAAGGGACUUCCGGAAGGACGCAUCAAUGUUCUAUGAAGCCACACUUAAGUGUCUGGUGGAGAGUCUUCCUGGGCAUCUUGGAGAAGUUGCUCUGACUAAUAUCAACGCAGUGCUGAAACAUUCAGAAGACAUCAACGAUAGCAAUAAAUUGUCCAGUAAUGCGGUGUCAGAGUUGGGGAUGCAACUGGGUUUGCUUUCAGAGAGACAUCAACUGGCAUCCGAGUACCUCAAAUUCACCAAGAUGGUGAAAGCGGAGCAUUGCUGGGCAAAGAUGCUGGAUGCCACCAGCCCAUUCUCUGCUCUGCGUAAACUCUUCCUGACCAUCCUGGCCCUGCCAAGCGCUCUGGGCAGGACGCAGGUGUUUGCUAAAGUGUUCAACAAGGCUCUGGUUCCCAGUCAGGAAACCCUCGAAGCCUCACCUCAACUAUGCAGUUGGGCAGAAGAACCCUGCAUCAGUGGACGAGGGACAUGUGUUCAGGCCAGUAGUGGUGACGAGAAGAACAAGGAGACAUCGUCACUGGAUGGGGACAGGAUUGAGGCCAAACCCAGUCUACAUCUUCCUUCCGAAUGCUCCAGCAUUACCGAGGACUCGGACGACACAGACAAUUCCUCUGAUGUGGUUGAUGUCACAGAAGAGUUCAAAAAUACCAGCAGACAAAUGGAAACCGAAAAUGUAAGCUCGCCACAGUCUGCAUUCAUAGAGAUCUGUGUUGUUGAUGAUGACGACGACGAUGACGAUGAUGAUGACGACGACGACGAUGAUGAUGAUGACGAUGAUGAUGAUGAUGAUGACCACUGCGUGAUUUCCACAAGCACACCACCUAUCUCUGUAGAAUUGCUGGUUAUACAGGAUGUGAUGGGGGAGCUGGUCUGGGGUCAAGUGCAGGGUUUCUCUCCUUGGCCAGCCGUGAUCAUACCCUGCAAGGGAGAGACUCAACCUCAAGAGAGCAGGACGGUGCAGUGGUACGGACAAAACAUGUCCUCCCAGGUCAAUUUAAAGGCUCUGAAACCAUUUGCUGCCUUCGCCCAGCACUUCUGUUCCAACUCCCUGGCCAUCCUCAUCAACUACCGAGAAGCCCUCUUUUUAUCUCUGCAGGAGGCAGCGCUACGUUGUGAGAAGCAUUUCCCUGAAUGCGUCGAUGACCGAGAUGAGCUGCUGAAACAGAUGUUGGACUGGGCUAUUGGAGGAUUUCUACCAACGGGGUUAAACCAUCUCAAACCAACAGCUGUCACAAAUGGUGUUACUAAAACGAACAACAGACCAAAGGUAAAGCUGAAACGUUUCCUGAAGCCCCCCUCCUACCAUCCGCCCGUCAGUUCCUCCAACUCCUCCAGCCCAAUGAACACAAACACUAUUGGCACUGAGCCAAACGAGCCGGCCUCCAUUAGCAAACCGUCGUGCAACUCCACAGAGAACUUGUCUCACAUGGGUGGAGGUGUACAAAGUGCAUUGGAGGAAGGAUUUGAUUCUGUGGAAAAAAGCACUGGAGGAGUUGUGAAGGAGAAGGAAUCCAGUGGAGAAUGGGCAUCAGAGAUGGGGAAAAGAGCAAAGGGAGGGUGGGAGAAAGUGAGAGAUGACUGGAGUGGACAAUGGGUGAGGGGUAAGGGAAGGAAGGCUCAGAAGAAGAAAAGCAAUCUGUUUGAUGGAUCUGAUGAGGACAAGUCACCAGACUUUUUGCCAAACAAGAAGAGGGCCUACCCCAAAGCUUACAAAAAGGUCAACCAGGUGUCCAGCCUGUACGUCCAGCCGGACCAGAAACGCAGAGAGAAUACCAUCCGUAGAAUCAUGGACUUGAAGCUGGACAUCGACGGCUUCUGUUUGUGUUGUGGAACCAAAGACAUUGAGAUCUUUCACCCUCUGUUUAAAGGCAGCCUCUGCUCCAACUGUGAAGACAACUUAAAAGAAACUCUGUAUCGUUAUGAUGAAGAUGGAUAUCAAUCCUAUUGUACCAUCUGCUGCUAUGGCCUGGAGGUCCUAAUGUGUGGCAAUGACAGCUGCUGCAGAUCGUAUUGCAGAGACUGUCUCAGCAUCCUUGUUGGUCCGGGGACGUUUGAUUCAUUGACGCUUGUGGACCCGUGGAUCUGCUACUUGUGUCAGCCUCAUCGACCCCACGGGGCUCUGAUUCCCAGAGCGGACUGGAGCAUUCGCGUUCAGGAGUUAUUCGCUAACAACAGUGCUAUAGAGUUUGAGCCUCACCGUGUUUACCCGUCCAUCCCUGCAAACCUGCGCAGACCACUCCGAGUUCUCGCACUGUUCGAUGGCAUAGCAACGGGCUACCUGGUGCUGAAGGAUCUCGGCUUCAAAGUCGAGGCAUAUGUUGCCUCGGAGAUCUGCGAAGAUUCGCUUGCCGUGGCAGUCGUGAACCACGAUGGGAAGAUCAACCACAUCGGUGACGCCCGCUUCAUCACCCGGGAGCAUAUCGAUCGGUUGGGUCCGUUUGAUUUGCUGAUCGGUGGCAGCCCCUGUAACGACCUCUCAAUCGUCAACCCCCUCAGAAAAGGCAUUUAUGAGGGCACUGGCAGGCUGUUCUUUGAUUUCUACCGCAUCCUUCAGCUGCUGAAGCCUAAAGGGGAAGACCCCCGGCCGUUCUUCUGGCUGUUUGAAAACGUGGUCUUCAUGAACAGACAUGACAAAGUCAACAUCUGCCGCUUCCUCGAGUGUAACCCUGUGCUGGUGAAUGCAGUGGAAGUCAGCCCUGCUCACAGAGCACGUUGCUUCUGGGGAAACAUCCCAGGGAUGAGCAGGCCCAUUACAGCAUCCAAAAGCGACAAGCUGAAUCUCCAGGAAUGUUUAGAGAUCGGUAGAGAAGCCAGGGUCUCUAAGGUGAGGACAAUCACCACCAAUCCCAACUCUCUGAAGCAGGGCAAAGGCAGCUCUUCGCUUCUGCCCGUUCUCCAGAAUGGCAAAGAGGACAUCCUCUGGAUCACUGAGCUAGAAAAGAUAUUUGGGUUCCCUAAACAUUAUACCGACGUGAGAAACAUGAACCGGCAGCGGAGGCAGAAGGUGCUGGGGAAGGCCUGGAGCGUGCCGGUCAUCCGUCACCUCUUUGCUCCCCUAAAGGACUACUUUGCCUGUGAGGAGCUGCCUCCUUUGACCACCUCCAACUCCACACCUUCACCGUCUCCCUCUGCAUCUCCAGAACUGGAGCAGCUGAGAUAG